AUGUAUGUAUGCGUUCCUCAGUACGUCUCCAUCAAAUUCCCCGCCAUUCCUCGUUUCGGUUCGACUCGGAGGGACUUCAAACUUCCGGCUAUUUCAAUGACUGCAAGUGAAGUCACCAAUCACAUUCCACCAGCUCCCAUUUUCCUUCCUCAAGGGCCUUGGAAGCAGAUUCCCGGCGGAGUUACGGCUGCAGAAGGAUUCAAAGCUGCAGGUUUGUUCGGCGGUCUUCGUGCCAAAGGUGACAAGCCUGAUCUCGCACUUGUCACUUGUGAUGUCGAUGCCACUUCUGCUGGGGUAUUUACCACGAAUGUGGUAGCAGCUGCACCAGUGUUAUACUGCAAAACAGUAUUAAACACUUCAAAAACGGCACGGGCAGUUUUGAUAAACGCUGGUCAAGCCAAUGCAGCGACGGGUGAUGCAGGUUACCAAGAUGUAAUAGAGUCCGUCAGCAGCCUUGCUAAGCUACUUCAAAUGAAGCCUGAGGAAGUGCUGAUUGAAUCCACUGGUGUGAUUGGCCAAAGGAUAAAAAAGGAAGCACUUCUAAAAUCUCUUCCAAAACUGGUUAAUUCACUAUCAGCAUCGACUGAGGGGGCAGAUGCUGCAGCAGUGGCAAUCACAACAACCGACCUGGUUAGCAAGAGUGUGGCAAUUCAGUCUCAGGUUGGAGGGACAGAUAUAAGAAUUGGGGGAAUGGCAAAAGGUUCCGGGAUGAUCCACCCCAAUAUGGCUACCAUGCUUGGAGUAAUAACAACUGAUGCAAUGGUUAGCAGUGAUGUUUGGAGAAAAAUGGUUCAAGUUGCUGUCAACCGAAGCUUCAACCAAAUAACAGUAGAUGGAGAUACGAGUACCAAUGAUACUGUCAUUGCGUUAGCUAGUGGAUUAUCUGGAUCAACCAAGAUAUCUUCCUACAACAGUAAUCAAGCAGUACAACUUCAAGCGGGCCUUGAUGUGGUAAUGCAAGGUCUUGCCAAAUCCAUAGCUUGGGAUGGAGAAGGAGCAACAUGCCUAAUUGAGGUAACGGUGACUGGUGCAGACAGUGAGCCUGAAGCAGCAAAAAUAGCACGGUCGGUGGCAUCUUCUUCACUAGUAAAGGCUGCAGUAUAUGGCAGAGAUCCAAACUGGGGACGCAUCGCUGCUGCUGCAGGCUAUGCAGGAAUAUCUUUUGACCAAACCAAGCUCCGAGUAUUGCUAGGGGAUAUUCUGCUCAUGGAUGGUGGGGAACCACAAUUAUUUGACAGGGGUGCAGCCAGUGACUACCUCAAGAAGGCUGGUGAGAUCCAUGGCACAGUUGUAAUCAAUGUAUCUGUGGGUGAUGGUCCGGGACGAGGUCAAGCAUGGGGCUGUGAUUUAAGUUAUGAUUAUGUUAAAAUUAAUGCCGAGUACACAACAUAA